AUGUUGCGUGCGACCGGCAUGGCCAGCGCAACGAUGACUGCACCGGCCGCACCGCCGCUCGUGCUUUUUGCGUCGCUCGGCAACGUGGGCCAGCUGAACCCCUUGCUUGCGAUAGCCGAGUGCUUUGCAAAGCAACACUCCGGGGUGCGCACGGUACUCGCCACGUCGCGUGAGCGCGAGCGCGCGGUACGCGCGGCGGGGCUCGAGUUCCUCGCGAUAUGGGACUCGUGCGAGCUAUCGGAAGAGACGUGCCGCCGUUUUAACGAUGCAGGUAUCCGGAACGUGGACGCAAUGGUCUACAACUGCACAGAACUACUUCGUAGUGAGGCCAACUACCGUCUGCCGGCCGCACGAUUGGAGGCUUGGGUCGCGGAACACCGCCCAUGGCUCAUGGUAUGCGACACCCUGACCGAGGCGGCACUCUCUGUAGCACUGCGCGCGCAGGUACCUUUUAUCGUCAAUACGCCAUUGCCGCCGUACUUCAACUUUCCCGAGUGUCUUCCGAAAAUCUUUCCGCCAUUCGGUUCGGGGACGAGCCUGGUGAAAAUUUCCUGGUGGCACCGCCUGUACGACUUGGCAGUCGUCGUGCGGUACGGCUACGCGCUGGUCACAAAGUUGAAGCCCAUCAUUGACCAAGACAGCGCGGCGGGGGUCCCUGCGCCGGACGCGUAUGGCGCGGGCGCUGUCGCAUUCUUCAACAACACCAGCCCGCUCUUGGCCGACCCGCGCGUGGCUUGGCCAGACAAGGUGCAGUGGAUCGGCACUGUGCUGUCCGAGACUUCCGCUCGCCUCGUACAGCCAAAGCACUUUGCGGAAGCAUGGGCCAGGGUGGGCGACGACCCUGCCAACCAGCCGCUGCAUACGUGGAUGGAGACCGCAAAGUCGAGCGGGUCUCCGAUCGUGGUCGUGUCGCUCGGAUCGAUAUACCGGCUCGACGCGCCUCGCGUCCAGGCUAUCUACGACGCACUACGUCCCUUGCCCGUUCACGUGCUGUGGAAGCUGAGCGCGAGCGAGCAGGCGCAUCUGCCGCCUGACGCACGCACCAACGAUCGGUUCUGGGUGCUCGAGUGGUUUACCGACCCGAUGCUUGUACUUGCACACCCCAGCGUCAAGCUACACAUCAACCACGGCGGCGCAAACACGCUGCACGAAGCCUUGUACUUUGGCAAACCGCAGGUGUGCCUGCCCGCCUGGCUGGACUGCUUCGACUUUGCCAUGCGGCUCCAGGACGCGGGCGCUGGCCGCUCGAUUGACACCGCACCGCACCUCGACGCUACACAGCUUCUUGUGGCGGCCAAAGAGGUGCUAUUCGACAACCCAAGCUACGUGGAACGUGCCGCGCGCUUAGCCGACGACCUGCGGGCCCGCGGCGGCGCAGCGGCGGCGGCAGCGCUCGUCGCCGAGACGCUUCAAGUUCGCCGUAGCACUUUGUAG